AUGGUCAGCAAGGACUCCGGCAGAUGCAUACUCACGACGACACCAGAGCGGGAAGUAGAGCCAGCCGCCUGCCUGGCCCUGGAGAUGAGAUAUGCCCUAGACCCCAACCGGCAGAUCAAAAAGCGGAACAAAGCCUUGCAGGUGCGCUUUAAGGAUAUCUGUGAAGCCCAGAAUGAGCAGAGGGACACACAGCUGUCUGCAGGACCUCUGGGGGAAAAGCGAGAGGCCAAGGCUGUGUCCUGUAGGGCAGCAUACCGUAAGUAUAUGACAGUGCCUGCACGCCGAUCCAUUCCCAAUGUCACCAAGAGCACGGGUGUACAGACCUCACCAGACCUUCGAAAGUGUUACCAGACAUUCCCACUGGACCGCAAGAAAGGUAGUCUCAAAGGCCUGCCGACUGCAGAUGCCUUCAAAAGCCAGAACAAUGGGUUUCUAGCAGAUUCAAAAGAGAAGAGUGAGGCAGGACCCAUGGAGGACUCCCGGCCUUACAGUGCAGGAAGGAUUCACAAGACCACAGCAUUGGUUUUCCAUUCCAAUGAGCACGUGAAUGCACUGGACCAGCCUUCCGGGGUCAACUGUGCAGAGCUCUGCAAGACUCCAGACAUGCUUGGCUACCCUGAAGCUCUACUGCAGAACUCUCGGCCUCCCUCUGAGGAGCCCAUGCACCAGCUUCCGGGGAGAGCUAAGCCAGGCAGGAGCAGGCUGGACUCAGAGGAGCCCACUCCACUUGCCCAUGGAAGGGUGUUUAAAACAGAGGUUGCCACUGUGUACCCACCUGCCACCAGUACCAGGGCCCCUGAACCUAGCUUGUCAAACUCUGCUGCUGCCAGCCAAUGGUCUCUCUGUCCUGCAGAUGAGGAGCAGAGGAGGGCCGCCCAGCUCAAUGGGCUGCAGGCUCCUCCGGGCUCUGCUCUGGCCUGCUCACCCCCAGUGCAGUGCCUGUCCCCAGAAUGUAGCGAACAGCCCCUGCAGAACCAGCCUAGCCCCACAGCUGGGGUGGGGGAUGAAGAACGCCAACAAAUUGUGCCUCACACGGAAGUGGUAGACCUCAAGGCCCAGCUCCAGGUGAUGGAGAACUUAAUCAGCUCUAGCCAGGAGACCAUCAAAGUGCUGCUGGGAGUCAUCCAGGAGCUGGAGAAAGGAGAAGCCCACCGAGAAGGGCUUUCAUAUCGGACGGGGCAAGACACAGCUAAUUGUGACACGUGCAGGAACAGUGCAUGUAUUAUCUAUAGUGUGGAGCUGGAUUUUAAGCAACAGGAAGACAAACUCCAGCCUGUGUUGAGGAAACUGCACCCUGUCGAGGAAACUCAGGUCAUCCCUUCGCCUUACACUCAGGAGACUUACUCCUCCACGCCCAAGCAAAAAUCCAAAACUGAGUCCAAAAAGCACGGAAGGUGGAAACUCUGGUUUCUUUAA